AUGCUAAAAAAUGUGUCGGUAAACCGUACACUAUACCAUGACGGUUACAUGAUACAACUGGGUCUAUGCAUAGAACGCCAGCCUAUCAGAUAUUUUGAUCCUCUAUAUGAAUCUAAAUUUCGAAUUUUUCGCGAAAACUGGUCAAUACGCACUUGUAAUUCCCUUUCUCUUUUACAAACAAAAAAUACGGACCGAUCAUUUCAAAUUAAUUCCCUAACUGACGAUUCUAAAGUUACAGAUAGCUUCAGUUUGGACAAUUUGCUGGAGCAAGAAAGGUCUUUUAUACAAGAAAUAUCCGCAAAAACAGAUACAACGGACGCUGUUGAUAAGUCUAAUGAAAAUUAUACUGAUAAUAGCGAUCAAAAUAAUUUGAAAAACAUAAAUCGCUUAUCGGAAGAUCGUUUAUAUCUAAUAAUUAAACGAAACAACACUUGCAAUUGGAGCUUCCCAAUCAUCAAUUACAACCCCGAAUUCACUCUUAGAGAAACUUUGCUCAAUCUUUGUGACCAAAAUCUUUUUCAUGACUUUUCAAUUUAUUUCCUUGGAUAUUCACCCAUUUGUCAUAUCAAAACAAGAGAUUCUCAACAAAAUAAAGUGUCAAAGAUUUUUUAUUAUCGUGCACGAGUAAUACCUGGCAAAAAUAUUCAAAUCAACUCGGAAAUCAGCGAUUACGCUUGGGUAAAUAGGGCAGAACUCAAAAGACAUCUAGACAUUUUAAAGUAUAAACGCAUAUUCCAAUCAUUACCUCUUUGCUGGAGCGAUUUAAAAUAUGCCUGA